CACCACCAACAACACUCUCCACUUCACUUCACUUCACUUCACCACCACCACCCUCACCACCCUCCUCCACCCACCCCCUCACAACAACCACCACCACCAUGUCCCGCCACCACCCUGACCUAGUAAUGUGCCGCAAGCAGUCUGGGAUCGCGAUCGGGCGUCUCUGCGACAAAUGCGACGGCAAGUGUCCGGUAUGCGACAGCUACGUGCGGCCGACGACGCUAGUGCGCAUCUGCGACGAGUGCUCGUUCGGCAACUACCAGAACAAGUGCGUGGUGUGCGGCGGCGAGGGCAUCAGUGACGCUUUUUACUGCUUUGAGUGCACGCGACUUGAGAAGGAUCGCGAUGGGUGCCCGAAAAUUAUUAAUCUGGGCAGCUCGAGGACGGAUUUGUUUUAUCAAAAAAAGAACUUCAGGAAUCAUUGAUACGACGACGACCACGACGACGACGCGUACGGCCGAUGCGCACCCCCGGUGCACGAAGACUGCGGUGUACUACCUUUUACCUCCCCCGACACCCACAACCACCUACGACCUACGACCUACCUCCACUACCUUUCUGUACUGUACAAUAGGCGGGCUCGAUUUCGUUUCGUUUCGUUUCUCUGUUGCGGCCUAUACUUUAGUUUUGGCGUUCAUACUACAUACCUAUGUCAUACCGUGGGCUCUAGGAUGCGUUUUAUACUGUAAUUGCAUGUAUUGGUUGUUGUCUGGCUUCUCUUUGUAUUUGCAUACUUGCCAUAGCCAUAACCAUAGCAUUGAGCGGGAUCAAGCAUCAAGCAUCGUUCA